AUGGAUGAGGGGACACACAUGCGGGGUAGAGCCAUAUGGAAGAGUACGCGAAUUGAGAAAACCCAAACUUUAUGGUGUUUAUACUCCUGUAUUCACUACCUGAACUCCAACAGCGACGUACGUAAACGGCAUCGGCGCGAUCACGGAGUGUCAUGAGUCUUAAAUUAAUUUAGAUGCUGAUUUCUGUGUCAACUGUCGGACACCAUAGUUUUCAUGCACUUGUAACGAUCUUCAAUUAUUUUGUAUUAUAAAUUAUAAUAUAGCAUUUGUAAAUUCUGAACGCUGAUUGGCUAAGCCUAAGACCCGUGUUGAUAUAACUCAAUGUCAACACGGAAACGUCGCAAAACUUCUUUCUUUAUAUAUUUCUUUGUGCUAUAUUAUAAAACAAAUAUAAAACUUUUUUCUGUAUUGAUAUACAGUUAUAUCAAUUAUCAACACUCGUGGAAAUUGGGAAAACUCGAAAUUGUGUGAAAACACUCCGAAAUUCGCACCUUGGUCGCUGAUCAGGUUACUAGUUCAAUUCAGAACGGCUUGCCAAGGCUUUUUCAAGAAGCAUUUGCAGCUGCUGCACCACCUCAGCUCCCAAACCCUGCACAGGGGUUAGUGAAUGAAGGUGAAGCACAACCUGAAAGAUCUCAAUUAAACAGUCGUCUUGCCAAGUAUUAUACUGAGGCUAAGGAAACUGUAUUAUCUGAAGAAGUUGCCACCUUCUUGAGCACAGCUUUUACCAAGCGUCUUUCUAAAGACGGUUGGUCGGAUCUUAUGAAAAAGUAUCCUCCAAUAAAGGGGAUGGAGGAAGUGCUUGUUGCUCCUACAAUGGAAACAGGCGCAAGAGACAUCAAACAAAAGUUGGUUAUCACAAGACCAAAGAGAUUUUCACAUCAGAUGAUGGCCUCCUUGAGAAGCAUGCCCCUUUCUUGGCUGUUGCACGACCUAUUACUGCAGCAUUAGACCUCCUGGAAGGCCCCCUAAGUCCUGACGAGAGCGAAGAUGAUAUUAAUGGUCCGGACCCAGAUGAAAUAAAGGCAUACUUAGAAAAUGUCCUUGUCCUACUGGGUAAUGCCAGAGGCGCCGGAAUAUCGAUAAUUGGGGGGGGGGGCGGGGCAGAUAUUCAUACUGUAUAUUCGUGUUCUGCCCAAUUAAUUUCUUUUGAAAUCGAUUGUUUUUACAGUCUGUGAACACGAAUAUAUGAAUAUCUGCCCCCGCAAUUAUCGAUAUUCCAGCGCCUCUGGACCGUAAUGCCAACUUUCAAUUAAAUGCAUGGCGCCAAAAGCGUUUUGGAGAAUUUAUAACUGAUGUUGGCAAGCGAAUUUUAAAAGAUGAUAUCCCAACAGAUAAACAUCUCUUCCCUGACAAAUUUCACCAAUUCGUCCAGAGCGAAUAUGAUCAUUCGCAGACAAAUUCCAAAGUCAUUGCAGCUCCCUCCAAGUCACAAUUCCGGAAAACUACACCAACACAGCCUUUUCGUGCCUUCUCCGGUCCCACUGCUGCUACCAGUGGUCCAUGUUCCUGGGGAAAACGUAAAUGGUCCUACAAGUCCCAAGGGAACCAAAAAGCAGAUUUCAGUAGCUUCUCGUCAAGAAAAAACACCUUCCCUAAGCGACUACGGGCUUCCAAUGAGCUCGGCAACCCCAACCACAGCUGACUAUAUGAUCCCUAGACUCAACAAGAUAACUUUACCAGAACAGCAGGUCGACUGAAACAUUUUAUAGAAAAUUGGAAGAUAAUAACUUCAGACGAAUCAGUCUUGGAGACAGUGAGGGGAUAUCGAAUUCCCCUGAUUUCGAAACCUCAUCAAUGGCGCAAGCGAGUGACCAAGGCCAGAUCCUUGGAACAACAAUAGUUACUAUCCCAGGCCAUACUGGGUCUGGUUUCAAAGGGAGCAGUACAUCAGGUUGUAGAACAGGACCAGUUCCUUUCAACAUUGUUCAUAAGUACAGCAGGUGAACAAGAACCGAUCAGUUUUCAACCUGAAGACAUUGAACAAAUAUGUCCACACAGAAAAGUUCAAACUAGACAGUUUGGACCUACUAAAAACAAUGUUGAAACCGAACGACUUUCUAAUGAAACUGGACCUGAAGGAUGCGUAUUACUCGGUACCAGUAGCAGUGGAACACAGGAAGUACCUUCGAUUUCAUUUUCAAGAUGUGACCUACGAGUUCCAGUGUUUACCCUUCGGUCUAUCAUCAGCACCCCGAGCCUUCACGAAACUGGUCAAGCCAGUUAUUGCAAUCCUGAGAAUAUCUGGCAUACGAGUAGUUAUAUAUUUGGACGACCUACUGCUCUUCCACCAGGAUCCAAUAGAGCUACAGACAAUCUUCAAAUGAACUCGACGGACAUGACAAUAGCUGUUCCUCUGAAGAAACUUUGCCUCAUACA